CAAAACAAAAAGUUUUAUCUUCAGAGAAAACAAGCUAACGGGACCUGUUGACUUCUUCACUGUUUUCAGGUGAGAGAAGAAAACAUGUCCGAGCUUAGCGACGAGGCCAGUGAGUGUGAGCAGCUGGGUGCCAGCCUCUCCCUGUGGCUGGGAGACUCUCUGGUGAGACCCGAGGAGCUGGAUGUACCUCUGGACCUCCACACUGCCUGCUCCAUCGGCCAAUACGACGUGGUGGCGGAGUGCAUCAAAAAACGAGAGGUGGACCUGAAUGGCAAAAAUAUUGGAGGAUGGACCCCGUUAAUGUAUGCAUCCUACAUCGGCCAUGACAACAUCGCAAAUCUCUUGCUUGAGGCUGGCGUGAAUGUAAAUGCCUCCACUGCCAAAGGACUGACCCCACUGAUGCUGGCAGCAAGCUGUGGGAAUGAAAGUAUUGCAUACUUUCUGCUUCAGCAAGGUGCUGAGUUGGAGCUGAAGGACUCUCGAGGCUGGACCGCUCUGUUCCACUGUACGAGCACAGGUCACCAGCAGAUGUUGAAGUUCCUGCUGGAUAACAACGCAGAUGCCAACGUAAAGGAGCCGGGAUCAGGUUUUACUCCCCUGAUGGAAGCUGCUGCUUCUGGACAUGAAAUCAUUGUUCAGUACCUGCUUGAUCAUAAAGUUAAAGUCGAUGACCGCAAUGUUAAAGGAGAGACUGCACGUGCCCUAGCCAUGAUGUACGGCUAUACCAAGAUUGUCAGCCACAUUGACUCACGUUCUCCGAGGUUCAAAGCAGGACCGUUUGAAGACCUGAGCUCCUCUGAGGACUCAGACAGCGCACCUCCAAGGAUCAGGCCAAGUCGUAACCGAGCUAAAGGCGCUAGCAUCCAUGAUGGGCCCCAGGCAAUCGCAAAGUUCCGAGUAGGAGGCCCCGGCAAACUGUGUGAGCCUCCUGCCGUGCCACCAGGCUACAUGACGUUCCGUGAUAUCGGGGAACAGAGUGAAGGUAUCUGCUAUCGUGACGUGACCUCACCCAUCAACGAGCUGGAUGGCCAGAGCAACAGCAGCAGAGAUGAUAGUCCAUUCUUUGACAAUGAUAUGCCCACCAUGAGGAGCAGCAGUAGCAGCAGUGAAGGCCUGCCUCAUGGGAUUGGCCACAAUUGGGAAGGCUCUGUGGAGAGUAAUGAGGACUCUGACCAGAGCAAAAAAAGCAUCGCUCGCAGAGUAAAUAAGGCCCAUCACUCAAAAGGCAAGGGUCGCCAUGGAAGCAGCGAUGCAGCUCACACUAGUGGUACAGGGAAUGGUGGUAUACGCUCGCAUGUUGGUCCUCCACCUUCCUACUCUGGUCCAAAGGAUCUGUCAGAGUUCUUGGAGCAAAUUGGCUUCUCUAAGUAUCUGCCCUUACUCGAGGAGCAAGACAUUGACCUGCGGAUAUUUCUCACCCUGACAGAGAAUGAUCUCAAAGAAAUAGGGAUCACAUUGUUUGGACCAAAGCGAAAGAUGACCUCAGCUAUAGCAAGAUGGCACAGUAGUGCUCGACCUCCCAGCGAUGCUCUCGAACAGGCGUAUGCUGACCAGCUAGAGGCUGAGAUGCAGGAGAUGGCCAUCCAGCUACACAAACGCUGUGAGGAGGCGGAGAGCCUGCAGAGCCAGGUGUCUCAGGAGAAAGAGCUGCGUACGGUGAUGGAGGGAUGUCUGAUGGAGGACAAGAUGGCAUGGAGGAGGGUCCACACUGAGCUGGUGGAGAACCACAGGCUGGCCCAGGAAAUGAAUGCCUCGAUGGCAAAUGCCAGAGCCUGCCGCUCUGAACUGCUCUCCAGUCUCACUACUGAUGGGAAUGGCAGCUUUUAUACACCCGUGGAAGAUAAAACUAAAGCUGACACUGGUGUUAAUGCUGUAGGGGUCCCGACUCGUUCCAGUGUUGUAGAGCUGAUGAAGAAGCUGGAUUCCUAUGAAGAGGAACUGGCGGCGACCAUGCAAACUGUGCUUCAGAGUCUGAGGCGACUGAGUGCCCCCGAAAAAGUCUCUGAUAGCUGGGAAAGGCCUUAAUUUUACAAGGGGCUUCUGCUAAUAUUGACGGAGGGUGAGCUUACCACCCUGAACAAUCUCAGUGAAAUGGGAGAAGGCCGAAGACAAGGCCAGCCCUGCCGGACCAGAACGGCUCGGGGAGUGAAGCGGCCGAACCCGCUGCUCCUUGGGGAUUGGCUGGUGGACCAGAGCUCGCCAGUGGCAACGGCAGCUGCUGCUGGGAAACGACAAGCAGGCAAGAAGGGCAUCUGACCCUCAUACGCUUGUGCUGGUGUAUACUGGACUCCUGUAGCUGCGCUGUGAAAAAAUGCACAGAGAGGAGGAGGAGAGGAGAAGGGAUGAAUUGGCGCAGCGCUCUACUGUGGAUCAGAGGCUGUAAUACUGUGAAGUUUCAACAAAACUGUACCCUCUUCUGACAUGAAAUGUGGUUUAAAUUAUGUUCUUACCACCAGAUAGAGAGGUACGCUUCUUAACAGUAGUGUAGUAGUCCGUGUAAUUCUGCUGAACUCUAGUUUGUGAUUUGAAUGAAAUCUUGUCAUUUGUAUGCUGUUGAUAGUUUUGAAAUGUCCUGCUGAAUGCAUUUUGAAGAGAUGAGAGAAAUGUGUGAAUCCUCUUAGUUCACUUUAUACAGCGAAACAUUUAAAUCCACCACGAUGGUCUUCUUUAUCCUCUCUAACUCUGUGGACAUUGGCGCAUGUAAAUGCAGAGUUACAGUAUCAAUAAAAAUAUAAAGUAUUCAAAUCUCAGAUUAUUGGACACAAUUUCAGAACACAGCCAAAGCAUUUCCAGCUGUAUUCCUACCUGAAGUAAAACCUUGUUUCCUGAGAUGCAGUGGUUGAUAACGAUGACCAAAACCAACAUUUUCUAUUUGUUUUAAAUGGACAAAGGUCUGAAAUACAUACACUACAGUGAAAGCA